UCGAGAAAGUAAACGAAGAGGAACUGUCUCUUGCUGGCAUUUUGAAAAAAAAAUCUGUAAAUAUUUAGUUGUAAGACGUAAAGGUUUGCAGAAUUUCUUUAAUAUUUGGUAUUUUUAUCAUAUUUAUUCAAUGAGAUGACUCGAUCAUGUUGUAUUCCAAUUUGCCCGAAUGCAAAAAUUGGCGCUAAUCAAUGCGUUGGAUUUCACCCAUUUCCUACGGAUUGUGAACUACGAGAGAAAUGGAUUAAGUUCCUUGGAAUGGAUUGCAAGAAAUUCCGUUGGAGGCAGAAAUAUAUCUGUUCUGAGCACUUCCGGCUUUCCGAAUUGAUUGAGAACAACGAACAGAAAUUUAUUCGAGACGGGGCAAUUCCUUCUAUAUACUCUAAUGAUGCAUGUGAUGAGGAUAUUGAAUAUCUUGACUAUGAUUAUUUAAUAGACUCCAGUCGGCCAACUGAAAACUUUAAUUCAACUUUAGAAGAUCUAUCUUGGAUGCAUUUGAAUAAAGUUGAGCAGAAAACACUAUUUUGCAGAACCUGUUUGAAAAAGAGGCCCGAUAUGCUAUCACUCAACUCUCAACUUCACAAUCAAACUCUGAUAGAUAUUGUCUACACAGUCACCGGCUUGAAACUAGAUAAUGGUGCGAAUUUGCCAAUAAAAAUAUGUAAAAGUUGUGUGAACAAAUUAGACUUGGCCUUCAACGUUAGGAUUGAGGUCAUUCAUUAUGACACAAUUUUAAGAAACUUGGUUAGCAAUGGUCAAUUAGAUAGCUAUUACGACAAAUAUGAUAGCCAGAGCCCAUUUGAUAUACAGGGUCCAAAUGAAGUAUACACGAAUGAGUUAUUGAGUACGUUUGACAUUCCAUUAACAGUACCAGUCACAAUUAGUACGUUUGAAGGUCAUGCAGUUCAUAAGGAGAACGAAGACAAAUUUUUACAAGCACAAUUUGAAUUGAUCAGCAAGGAUGAUGCUCUUACAGAGUCACAAACAGUUGAAAUAGGAAACGGGUCAGAUCAGCUCGAUGUUUACCAUGGUAUUAUGGACGAGGAACAUUUGGAAAUACUACAAGAAGAAAUAGUAGUAGCUGAUUCACGAAAACUAAUAUGCAAUGAAACUAACGAUCACAUUGUAACAACAGUGCAAUGCGAGUCGUUAAAUAGUCCGAACAAUAAAGGCUUUUCCGACUCAGAAAAUGAGAACAACUUAGUCCCGAAACGAUAUGUUUUUUCCUGGAAAGAGUUAUAUAAGCCAAAGGCCGUUCCUAAAAAGAAACGAUUUAUUCCGGAAUUACCCAAACCGAAUCUAAUACCGAACACCUGUUACAUAUGUAAUAGUUCCUAUGAGGAUGCAGAAAUGUUGGAAUCGCAUUUGGAGCAACACGUUAGUAUGUUACCAUAUACUUGCAAACAGUGUAAUACAGAUGCUAACCCACAAGUGUUCAAAACGCUUCUCUCGCUAAACAAGCAUCUAAGAUCUCACCAUUACCCAUUCUUAUGUGAACACUGCCCAUUACGAUUUUGUACUAAAGCAAGCUAUACGGUACAUUUAGAAGAAAAACAUGAAACUGGAAGGGAAGGCAACACUUGCAGUAUUUGUGGGCGAUACUUUGCGCUCAAGCGACCGUUUCUUAAACACAUGGCAGCACACAGGGUAGUUGAAAGUGCAAAAUACAAAUGUGAACAUUGUGGAAAAGUAUUUCGGGACGGCGGGUUACUUAGACGGCACGUAAGAGUUCACACCGGAGAACAGCCUUUUGAGUGCAAGAAAUGUGGAAGAAAAUUCAAUCACGAGGCGAAUUUUCAGAACCACAAACGUCUCCACAUAGGAGAAAAAGCCUACAUCUGCAAUGAGUGUGGUAAAAAAUUUGUUAAUGCCACAGUUUUGCGAUAUCAUUUGUCUGAACAUUUUCCGAACAAUCCACAAUAUAGGAUCAAACAGCAAAACACAAAUGAAGGCAAGUCCAAUAUACCGAAGCAGUACGUAUGUCAUGUUGAAGGAUGCGACUUUGUCACUAACGUUUACAGCACUUUCAAUGACCAUCGCAACAAACACUCGGGUAAGCACCAGUGCACGAUUUGCCAAAAGAAUUUUGCCUUCAAGAGUGUGCUUGCAAAGCAUAUUACAGCGAUGCACGAAGGUGCUCUGCUAGAGAAAAAACUACCUUGUCCUUACUGUACAAAACACUUUAGUAACAAACAUUAUCUACAGUUGCACAUUGACACGCACGAAAAUAAUCGCCGACACCAGUGUAGAUUUUGUGAAAAGACCUUUAUUCAAAAGGUGAAUUGUAUGGUUCACGAAAGAAUACACACUGGUGAGAGGCGUUCUAUGUGCCGGAUAUGUCCAGACAGAUUCAUGACUUCCGCAUCUAGGAAUAAGCACGAAAAGCUUUGUCACUUCAAGAAUGAAAACGAGGAAAGCGAAAUCACAUGCAACGUUGAGCAGAUUGGCGACAGUGGAAGUUUUAGAUGUGAAAUAGACAUUGAAAGCUAGAGAGCAAACUGUAAAAUAGCAAAUAAAUUUUAUUUGGGUUAUGUUAAACCUUCUCACCGUG